AUGGAGGACGCAGCUGCCAAGGAGUUUAGCCAUGGCCAUCCUGUUGACCUGGACGGAGAAGCGGUAGUCGUCGUGACCGGUGCAGCGGGUGGGAUGGGAAGGGCGAUCGCCGAAGCCUUCGCCGACCAGGGCCGGGCUCUGCUCCUGUGCGACCUAGCGCCCCUGACCGAGGCGCAAGCAGCCAUCACGGCGUCGCGGCCGCCGCUCCCGCUGAUCACGACGGUGACGGGUGAUGUCUCAGACCCGGGAUUCGGGGACAAGGUCAUCUCUGCGCUUAAUGGGCGCAAAGUCAGCGUCCUCGCGCAUGCAGCUGGGGUGGCGCCGUCAUUCAAGAACGGCCGUCGGAUAUUUGAUAUCAACUUCACCGCCAGCAAGAGCCUGGUUGAGAAGAUGCAGCCAUACAUGGAAGCCGACAGCGCCAUCGUCCUGGUGGCCUCGCUGUCGGGCACGUUCAUCACCACGUUUCCAGUCGACAUGGCAGUCAAGAGGCACCUCAAGGGCCACUGGUCUCCUACGGUAUGGCUCAUGAAGCAGUGGGCCUACACAUCAUAUGCCAUUUCGAAACGCUGUGUGCAACUCUAUGUACAGAAAAUGGCUACGAGUCUCGCAGAGAAGAAGGUGAGGAUUGUGAGUGUGUCGCCUGGGGUUAUUGAUACGGACAUGAUGGCGGGUUAUGCUGAACAGCCGGCGCUGGCCACGUUUGUGGGGUCCUCGGGGCUGAAGAGGAUGGGUAGAUCAGAGGAGGUUGCAUCAGUGGUAGCUUUCCUUGCAUCGCCCGGUGCGAGUUAUUGCACUGGGAUUGAUGUGCUAGUGGAUGGUGGCUUGACUGCUCAGAAGGGGAGGGCCACAUGGACGACUCUGCGGGCCCUAAAGUCGCGGCCUAAGUAG